AUGUCGCUUGUUCCGCUCAAAGACGAUCUGCCUUCAUUCCUGUAUCAAUACCUGCCCGCUGCUGCUGCUGGCAAUGCGUCGCAGAAACCAUUUGUGACCCUAACGUACGCACAGUCUCUGGACUCACGCAUCUCCAAGGGUAAGGGCCUGCGAACAACCAUCUCGCAUCCGGAAACAAAAACCAUGACACAUUAUCUCAGGUACAAGCACGACGCCAUCAUGAUUGGCUGUGGAACAGCGCUGGCGGACGACCCAGGUCUCAACUGCAAAUGGGCCCCGGCGGGCAAAACUUCAAGCACAUCCUCCUCGCCUCGGCCUGUCAUUAUCGAUCCACAGGGAAAAUGGGACUUUGAAGGUUCGAAAAUGCAGCAGUUAUUCAGAGAAGAUGCUGGGAAGCCUCCGGUGAUCGUGGUACGGGACCUGGGCUCCAUCCUCAAAAGACAUCCUGACGCUACAUACGUGUCUGCUCCGUCAAGCCCAGCUGGCCGAUUCGACUGGCUUACAUUAAUGCUGCUCUUAAAGAGCGAGUUCGGUUUCGAAUCCAUCAUGGUCGAGGGCGGAGCGCUUGUCAUAAACCAGCUUCUGUCAAGGCCCGACGUUGUUGAUAGCCUGAUUGUCACUGUAGGAGCAAAAUACCUGGGCUCAGAAGGUGUUGAGGUUAGCCCGCCAGUCGGAGAGGUUAAUCUGCGCAACGUACAGUGGUGGAGGGGAACUGUAGACACUGUAAUGGGCGCGAAAUUGGAUUCCCGUUAG